CCGUCUUUCGUGGCUUAUAUCUCGGAAACGCGUGAUCACAGCUGGAUGCCGUUUGCACGGGUCGAUCUUUACUCAGGUUGAGCCACGGCACCAUCACCUCCACAUGGUCAUCAACACGAGCAAUUACCGGAUCAAAGCCAAUUCCUUGCCGAGUAUCUUAGAUUCCGAGAAUGACGGCUACAAUAUAGACGAAAAAGUGGAUUCAAAUAAGAGCCCGACGUCCACUGUUAGUUACGGCAAGGAGAAGGUACGAAACAAACCGUGGAAGUACUUGCAGAUGCAACGGACAACCGAGUGGAUGACACCGCUGGAGAUAGUGGAGGGUAGAUAUAUCUCCAUGGGACGAGCAAAACCUGAAGUUCAGACGUAUGAUGAGUGCAAUGGGUUUAGACGAAUUCCUCUUACCAAUGGCGUCGAGAUGGAUCCGAACCCUGUACCUUCUACUCCUUUAUUAUCUGGUCAAGAACCGAUUAGUCACGCUUCUUCCAUAUGCAGCAGGUAGGAUUCCGGCAUCAAGAGCAACGGCAAGCGAAGUAGUAUACAACAGCAGUUAUUCCUAAUAAACAGCAUGGCCCAAGGCGAUCUUUUAGGACACAGGGUCAGUGGCUAUUAUACUUCUAGUUGGACGUUAAAUUCUACUUACGAGCCUUCGUCGUUGAUACCUCCUUACCCGUUUCCACCGAUAGUGACGAAUACAUUCGGCGGAUGCUUUCAUAAACUGCGAAAGUGAUCCGGUUCUCCAAUUGAUUAGAUGUGUCCAAGACAACGUGAGCUCUCAACGUUCGUACUUCGUUAAGCCACUGCUGUCCAACGUUACUCUCUUUUUCAAGAACAAGGAGAUGGAGAAGGAGUAGUGAGAGAAUGUGCACAAAGCUAGCGAAGGUAUUGGCAGCAAUCCGCCUACCCUGGCCACUUCGAGGUUCAACAUGUAUUUUGAUAUUCUGAUAUCCGCUCUGGUCUACACGGCCAUCACGAUCUUUUUUUUCAUAUUACAUAAAAAUAUAAGGAAAAAAACCCUCUCGAGAGAGGAAGAGCUUCAUAAUUUGUAUCCAUUCUAUUAUGUCUAUAUAUGAGAAGAUAUAUUGAUACAUGGAAAUAUUCUUAUAUCUUGUAAUCACAUGCGCACAUGGCAAAAUAUGUUUUUGAGGAGAACAAAGGAAAAUAUAAUGAAGAAGAUAUGAAAAGAAGAGCAGAAACGAAGAGA